UUUAUUUUUAACAUGGAAGAUUAUAAUCAUUCUUUAACUAGUCCAUUGAUUGCUGUCACUUCUGCUUUAGCAGCUGUAAGGAUUGUGCAAAUAUUUGAAUUGUAACUUAUGCUUUGUUGUAGGUUGCUUGGCUCAUCUUGUUUAUUGGUGCUUGUGUUGCCGCAUUCCAUGGUGUUGUUUGGUGGAUCAUCAUUUUUGAACUUGUACUUGUGGUUGGUAUAAUCAUCUUGCUAGGGAUCAACAAGUUUGGACCCUAUCACAAUAUGGUCUAUCUUUUCAUGGCCGUCAGUCUUGUUUACUUGACCUGGCUCUGUCAAUGGUGCUUGGACUCCAAUGCUGAAGGUGGUGCUAGAGCUGCUGCUGCUGGUGCUGUCAUUUUGAUUAUUGUUCAGUUCAUUUGGGCACUUGAAUUGUCUGCCCCAGGUGGCGGUACUCGCUUCAGUAGUGGUAGCUGGGGUGCUGCUGGCUCUGGUGCUGCUAACUUCGGUCAUCGCUUUAGUAAUGCUGUUCGCCCUAACACACACACUGGUUCUCGCCAUCAUCAUCACAAUAAGCAUUACCACAACAAGGAAUUGCCUCGCCGUGGUGUUACUGAUGAAGAAAGCAUCGGUGAUGCCUCUUCUGCUGAUGCUGACUUUGAGCAAGCCACUGCUUUGCAUGAUUAUCAAGCAAGUCCUGAAGAUCCAAACGAACUUUCCUUCUCCAAGCACGAAACCCUUGAAAUCUUGGAUAAGCGAGGUAACUGGUGGCAAGCUCGUAAGCAAGAUGGUACCACUGGUAUUGUCCCCAGCAAUUACUUUCAAUAAUAAUCUUACGCAUUAAUGAUAAUUUAUCUUUUUCUUCUUUAAUAUUUAAUAAAGUAUAUUUACAUAAAAGAUAAU